AUGAACGCCCACGCCCUCCUAACCUCGCAAGGUUGGCGCGGAACAGGCCACUCCCUCCACCCCACCAGCGACAAUACAGGCCUUUCCCGCCCGCUCCUCGUCUCGCGAAAAGACAACACCCUCGGCGUUGGCAAGAAACAGCAUCGCACGAGCGACAUGUGGUGGAUGAACGCCUUCGACAGCUCUCUGAAGAGUCUGGAUACCUCCAAGGAAGGUCAGGUGGUGCAGACGAAUACAAGUGGAAGUUUGGAUAUGGUGAAGAAGGGAGGUGGGAAGUAUGUUGGUACGGAUGUGGGGAAGGGGUUGUAUGCUUGUUUUGUGAGGGGGGAGUGUUUGAGUGGGACUAUUGAGGAGACGAAGGUGGAGGCUGUGUCUGAAGGUGCCGAGAGUGAGGAGAGUGAGAGACCGAAGAAAAGGAGGAAGAGUGAGAGGGCUGGGGAGGAGACCAAGGAGGAGAGACGGGCGAGGAAGAUUGCAAGGCGGGCGGCGCGGGCAGAGAAGACGGCUGCUAAGCAGGAGAAAGUAAAAAAGAAGGCUCAAAGGAUCUCGAAAUCCGAGGACGAAGUUAAAGAAUCCACAGCGAAAACCGAAACGAAAGAAGAGCGCAAAGAACGAAGACGACUGAAAAAACUAGCCAAAGAAGCUGAAAAGAACUACAUCACCCUGUCCGAAAAAGCGAAGAAGAAGAAGCGUCGGAAGGACUCAUAA